UAAAAAUUGAUUGAGAAUCUAUGUGAAAUGUAUGAAUAUCAAAAAAUUUAGUGAUCGAACAUCAUAAACACAAAAAAGAAAGUGUGUUUUAUAUAUUACACGUGUCUUUUGGCAUAGCCACCAUCCAAAGAGCUCUGUCCCAAAUACUUGAAUUCGUACACAGCAAGCACUCUCUCAAGAACUGGAAAAUCGAAAAUCGCUACUUCAAUGGCGUCGACGAAACGUGAAUCAUGUAUAAGUGAUGAACCUGAAGCCAAGAAAGCAAAGGUUGAAGAAGGGCCAUCACAGCUUCCAGUAUCCACACCCCGUGUGGUCCUUAACCCCGCCGACUGUGACUUAGAUUUCAAUGUUGAAGGAAAUGGAUUACAAGGUUCAGCGCUUUAUGAGCAAGGAUUUGCUUAUUGUUGGUCAGGUGCUCGAGCCAAUAUGGGAAUCACUGGAGGAAAGUACUGCUUUGGUUGCAGAAUUGUUUCAGAUCAGCCCGUAGACAUGGAAGAUACACCACUAGAUCAGCAACAUCUCUGUCGUGUUGGCAUCUCAAGGGGAGAUGAUGCAGUAGGAAACCUUGGGGAAACCCUUCACAGUUUUGGGUUUGGGGGUACUGGAAAAUUUUCAAGUCAUGGACAGUUUUCUGAAUAUGGUGAAAAAUUUGGGGUUGGUGACACCAUAAUUUGUUGUGUUGACCUUGAGUCUAGCCCUUUGGCUUCCAUAGGUUUCUCUAAAAAUGGGAAGUGGCUGGGAAUAGCAAAGCAAUUUAAUGCAGGUCCAACUGGCCUUGAAGUGGUGGAUUGUCCAAUGAAAAAUCUACAAUGGCAUUCAGCUCUUUUCCCCCAUGUCUUGCUUAAAAAUGUAGUUGUGCACAUGCAGUUUAGCAUAGACGACGGAUUAGCUCCUGUGGAAGGAUAUAGACCAUGGUCUUGUGCCAUGGAAGAUGGGAAAGCCAUAACAGGCCCUAGCUUUCUGAAUCUGUGCGAUUGUGAAGUUAUGAUGAUGGUAGGACUGCCUGCUUCCGGCAAGAGUACCUGGGCUGAGAAAUGGGUGACGGAACAUCCAGAAAAGCGAUAUGUUUUGCUUGGAACUAAUUUGGCUUUGGAUCUAAUGAAGGUUCCUGGUUUGCUGCGCAAAAAUAACUAUGGUGAAAGAUUUGAACGUUUAAUGGACCGUGCUACUGGAAUAUUCAACACUCUUUUGUCUAGGGCUUCCCGGAUUCCUCGUAAUUUCAUAAUUGAUCAGACAAAUGUCUACAAAAAUGCUCGCAAACGCAAAUUGAAGCCUUUUGCAAACUAUAAGAAGAUUGCUGUUGUGAUUGUUCCAACACCUGAAGAGCUCAAGCUCCGUGGUGAGAAGCGAUUCAAAGAAAUGGGCAAGGAGGUUCCUGCCGAAGCAGUAAAUGAAAUGUUAGUGAAUUUUGUUUUACCUACGAGUAAAGAUAUGCCUCGAGCAGAUGAGUACUUUGAUGAGGUACGAUUUGAAGAACUUGGCAGAGCGGAGGCUCAGAGAUGCUUGGAUGAGAUGAAAGCAAACGUGAAUUCAAAGAGGGAAAUUACUCCUUAUUCUCGUGAAAGUUCUGUGCAGUUACUUAACAGCCCAGCAAUGCAGCGCCAUUGCCAAUCAUACGGUGGUUCCUCAUUGCCGAGUCACGGAAAUUUAUCAGGUGGACAUCCAAAUAGUUCGUAUGCUCAGCCUCCACUGCAAGCACCCCGUGAAACCUACUUCGCGACCCCUUCCAGUUACGACCCCAUAGGUGAUUUUGAUCGCCAUGGAAGUCGCGGUUCAUACGGCAAUUCAAGGGGUUAUGAGAUGGAAGCUCAAUCAGCUAUCCAUGGAGGGAUUUAUGAGCCUCAUGUGGGUUAUGGAGCUUGGAAAGCAGCUGAGUUACACCGGAGCAGCACGAAUGAUCCAUACCUGAGGACGUCUGCUGGUCCAAGAUAUCUGCUACCUGACUCGAGAGUACCUGCAUUUGAAUCGAGGAUGCCAGCACCAUAUGGCUUUCCUCAUGGGGUUCCAGCUCCAAGACCGCCAUAUGGAAAUUUUCCUUCCGGAGCACAGAAUCCUGGUGUAUACGCUCCACCUCGUCCCAGAUACUACUGAUUGUGGAAAGUGCAUGAAAUUCAAAAACACUAUUUUGAUACUCACAUGUAUUGUUUUACUAUAGGAUCAAAUGGUGUUAGUAUGAACUGAGAGGUUGGUUAAGAUUUUGUGAAUGGUUGAUAUAUAGCUUGUGUAAGGUGGCUAACUUCUAUAUAUAUAUAAACGUAGAAUAUUGGCAUCUCAA